AUGGCUGCCAAAAGACCUUGUGUUGUCGAAGGCAAUACACCAGGGAAACCAACCAGCAAACGACCGGUCGAAGGAAAAUCGAGAAGAUCUUUGUUUAAUAAUGAAACGCAAUACGCAGAGGAUGAAACUAAAGUAUCUUUCGCUUGCAAAACAGAAAAUUGGACUCUUAAAGAGACAUCAGCAUUGGUGCAGUAUAUCUGUUUAUUUUGGAAGGACGCCUGGAACAACAGAUGGCCAAUGGCAAAGGACUUUUGGGACUCUUGUGCACGAGCUGUCAACAAUGUUUGCCAGUCAAAUAGAACAGGUUUGUGGAUUAUAGAAUUCAGAUUUGCUAUCCAUUUUCAACUCUGCAAAAAAUAAAGUGUGGUAUUUAGUGUGUCUAUCCCGUAUCCCACAAUUCUUCAAAAUAUGUAUGUAAUCCAGGGUUUUGAAAGGCAGGACUUUGUGUUUUAUACUUAUUGAAGAAUUUUCUUACCAUCACAUCAUUUUUUUGUCAGGAGCUUCAUGCAGAACUAGAGUGACUAAGCAUUUGUCAAAGGCGUUUAACUCAUUGUCCAAAGCAGAAGAAGCCUUGCAGAUAGAUUAUGUUGGUGGGAAUAAUUUUGGCCGUGGUGGUAUAUUCAACACUGCAAGCAGCACCCCACAUCAUUCAACCAUGGUAGAUGAACCAUUGUCACCAGUGUUUCAGUCAUCGCCAACAGUAAAAUAA